GGGUCCUAAAGCUUUUUUUUAAAAAAAAGGGUAUUCCCUUUUCAAAAGAAAAAGGUAUUCAGGGAAUAUUCUUUCAAGAAAUUGUUAAGAAACUAUACACCAGCUGAGAUUUGGACCAUUGCCAUGCUAUUAUUGCGGGAGUUGGACUUAUACACGUCUCAAUUUUGUUAUAGUCGUAGUUAAAGCUAAACUGUAUCUAUCUUACGUCAUUCAGAAUGUGCUCAAGACACAUGUUAUUAGCUAUAUUGCUCAUUUAUGUCACUCAACGCUUUACCGCAUCAGGAUGGUUACUAUUCCCUGCCAGCACAAGUCUCCAGAUAACAAUGUCUAUAUCGGUUCCAGUGCCUUUGAAGGAUAUGAAAUUUUUCAUUGAUUGGGGCUUUCAAGUCAACUACGUCUGUCCGUGGUUACUUUCCAAUUUUUACGACAUCCCAAAGUGGCCAGGACAUUCUCGAAUGCAAACACGAGCACUUUCCUAUGACAAGUAUAUCCUUCGGAAUGGUACCCAUCCGGCCGAUGCAUCAGCUGAACAAGUGUAUAUGGCGCUAGAGGAUUUGAUGGUUAGUUAUGGAUUCCACGAAACUUGUUUACUGAAGAGUGUUUGUGAGGUGGCAAGACAUCCUUUUGACUUGGAAAAUGAAAAUUUGAUUGCUGAGAUAUUUAGUUUUGUAUUGAGCCCUUCAAUACACAAUGCGUUCAUUGAAAACGAGAGAGUUUACAGAAGUGCCUAUGAAGCAGCGGAAAGGUAUGGUGCCAGUGGGGUCGAUUGCGGUUUCAUGUAUCCUGACUGUCCACUGGCGUUCAUCGAUGCUAUAACUAAGGUGAAGUUUGAGUGACAAAGUUAAUACAGCGGUGGAUACUUCUAAUAUUUCGACUAAGUUGAGACUUUAAAAAAAAGCAACUGAAAUAAUGUGAUUUUAGAAUAAAAUGAUUUACGUGUUAUAGCUGUUUUUUGGGAACUCAAAUAAAAUUCUACUUUGUA